GAAUAUGAUUUUCCACUUGCAACACAUUUUCAUUUUAUAUAGUGCUGUGCAUCCAUGUGUGACUUUUUAUUCUAGUAGCUUGGACUUUUGAUCCAGGAAAAAAAUCAAUAUUUUGAAUAGGAAGCUGAAGCAGAUUGUUUCCAGAGAGGAAAGAAGACUAUGGAGCAGUGCUUUAAUUGAAAUGAGGAAAACAACAUAGCCAUAUUAGGGAUUGUAGAAGUCGUAGAGUUUAAGAUACUUACUUUUGCAUGAUCGUUGACAUUUUUGAUCUUUCAUCUUGUGUCACUAUUGGUUUUAUGCCCUCAGAGCUCUGACAAUGAGUGACAGUGCAUUAGAGACGUGUUCCUGUAUAUACCACGCUUCUGAUGGAUUUGUGAGAUCAGCUGAAUUGUCAAUAUUUCCUUACAUGCCUUCACAGUUCUAGAUAGAAUUCUCUUUUUAUUUUAUUUCUGCUUCUGUUUUUUAUAUCUGGGGUGACUGUCAAAAUUUUUCUUUCAGCCUGAGAAGGAGCAAAGUACUGACUAAAGCUAGCAGGCAAAAGAAGCAGAGCUGAAGAAAGAUUAUCUCUGCUUGCAGAUCAUAAAGUUUACAAUGGCAAUGCUCUGGAAAUUCAUGAGAGUAGCUAAGUAUUCUAAAACAACAGCUUUAUCAUCAAAAGUAAAAGUAAGAGGAAUUCCCACCCAUUCAAGGCAUUCUUCAUCCAAGUCUGUACCUUCAGGUUUGGGUGCCAGUGCACCCUGCUCAAAUACGGUGGAACUGCUUGGGAAAUCCUAUCCUCAAGAUGACUACACCAAUGUCACAGAGAAGAUUCUUUCCAAGGUGGGGAAGAACUUGCACAACAGAAAACAUCACCCUUUGUGGCUAAUCAAGGAGCAGGUGAAGGAGCACUUCUACAAACAUUACCUGGGACGCCGUGGGACUCCGCUCUUUUCUGUGUACGACGGUCUUUCUCCAGUGGUUACAGUCCAGCAGAAUUUCGAUAGUUUACUUAUUCCACAAAACCAUGCCAGCAGAAGGAAAGAGGAUAACUACUACUUGAAUCGUGACCACAUGCUACGAGCACACACAUCAGCCCACCAGUGGGACUUGAUCCACUCUGGCCUGGACGCCUUUCUGGCCGUGGGAGAUGUCUACCGCCGGGACACCAUCGAUAGCACCCACUACCCCGUCUUCCAUCAGAUGGAGGGAGUGCGCCUCUUCUCCUGCCACGAGUUGUUCUCCAGCAUUAAAGACGGUGAAGGUUUACAGCUGUUUGAGCAAGGCCAUCGCACUGCACACAAGCAGGAGUGUCACACCAUGGAGGCGGUGAGGCUGGUGGAGUUCAACCUGAAGCAAGUGCUCACCAAGCUCAUGACUCACAUCUUUGGUGACGGACUGCAAGUCAGAUGGGUAGAUUGCUACUUCCCAUUUACUCACCCUUCCUUUGAGAUGGAGAUCAACUUCCAAGGAGAAUGGAUGGAGGUCCUGGGCUGUGGGGUCAUGGAGCAGCAGCUUGUUAACUCAGCUGGUGCUCAGGAUAAAAUUGGCUGGGCAUUUGGCUUGGGUUUGGAGAGGCUGGCCAUGAUCCUGUACGAUAUCCCUGACAUCCGACUGUUCUGGAGUGAAGAUGAACGCUUCUUGAAACAAUUUAUUGGGCCUCACAUUUGGCAAAAAGUAAAGUUCCAGCCACUCAGCCGAUAUCCGCCUUUGAUCAAUGACAUCUCCUUCUGGCUGCCCUCUGAGACAUACUCUCAGAAUGAUUUCUAUGAUUUGGUUCGGACCAUUGGUGGAGACUUGAUAGAAAAGGUUGUCCUGCUGGAUGAAUUUGCCCAUCCAAAGACAAAGAAGGUCAGCCACUGCUACCGUAUCGUUUACCGGCACCCGGAGAGGACGCUAACGCAGGACGAGGUGCAUCGCAUCCAUCAGGCUAUUGAGGAGUCAGCAGUCCGGGAGCUUGGGGUGGAGGGCAGGUUCUAGCAGUGCUGCUCUGCAGCCACGAGGACAGUUGCUUUUUUCUUUCUAUUUUUCCUUUUUUUUCCCCCUCUCUUUUUUCUUCUUUUUUCUUCUUUUUUUGGGGGGUAGUUUUAGGUCACAAGUAGAGAGACGGGUUUUGUGACUGAGCACAGAAAGCGAUUGAUGAAUGGGCAAUGGUAAAACUGGCAGGUAAUAAACAUUACUACUGAGAAAUCA